AUGUUCAGAAGCAGUCUGCGUGUUCUGCACGCUGCUGCUCGGGUCCAGGCCCCUCGCGCCGUACGGCGUGCCUUCCACCAGGCCCCUGCCCGCCGUCAACUCGUCUCAGCCGCUGAGCUUCAGUUCGGCCAGCCUCUCCAUGAGACGCACCCGCAUCUGCUUCAGCCAGGCGAAGGCAAGCAAUCGCCGAGCCGAUUCCACAAGCUCUGGCGGAGAACUAACACAGCAGCAACAGUGACGCCGGGCAUCACCGCCCUCGAAUAUGCUCAACGCCGCGACGCUCUUGCAAGAGCAAUGCCGCCGAACAGCGUAGCCAUCCUCGCUGGAUCUGACACCAAGUUCCGCUCUGGCGCCGUCUUCUACGAGUUUCACCAGGAUCCCGAUUUCUUCUACCUGACCGGCUUCAACGAGCCCGAGGCGCUGGCUAUUAUCGAAAAGACUGGGUCUGGCGAUGAUUAUGUCUUCCGUCUCUACGUGAGGCCCAAGGAUGCCCACGCAGAGAUGUGGGACGGUGCUCGAUCAGGCCUUCAGGCCGCCUUGGAUGUCUUCAAUGCUGACGAGGCCGGAGCCAUCAAAGACAUUGGCAAGAACAUCCCAGAGAUCCUCAAGCGCAACGAGAACAUAUACACCGACCUUCCACGAAGUCUCGAUCACAGGUCUGCCAUCACGAGGUAUCUAGGCGGAACCAUGUACACAGGCGACAAUGGCUUUCCGAAAGCUUUACAGUCUGUAGCGCCAUCUGCGGUGAAGCCUCUGAGGCCGCUCAUGAAUGAGCUUCGCAUGUACAAGAGUGCAGCCGAAAUCCGGAACAUGCGCAAGGCAGGACAAGCAUCCGCAAGAACCUUUACUCAUGCCAUGAAGAACGAGUUCUCCACCGAAAAAGAGCUCCAUGCGCAUAUGGAUUUCGGUUUCAAGAUGAUGGGCUGCGACGGUAUUGCCUACAUCCCGGUCGUAGCAGGCGGGAAGAACGGGCUGAGCAUCCAUUAUGUCAGGAACGACAAUGUGUUGAACGAUGGAGAGAUGGUCCUUGUGGAUGCUGGAGGCGAAUACGGAGGCUACAUCACGGACAUCACGCGCACUUGGCCAAUCAACGGCAAAUUCACACCAGCCCAGAAAGAUCUCUAUGAGGUCGUUCUUAAGGUUCAAAGAAGCUGCGUAUCUCUUUGCAGAGAAGACGCGCAACUGUCGCUAGAUAAACUGCACAACAUAGCCUGUGAAAGUCUGAAGGAUGGAUUGACGCAAUUGGGGUUCAACAUGUCCGGGAACGCAUUGGAAACGCUGUUUCCUCACCAUUUGGGUCAUUACAUCGGCCUUGAUGUACACGACUCGCCCGGUUUCCCGCGCAACAAGAAACUUACAGAGGGGCAGUGUAUCACCAUCGAGCCUGGCGUCUACGUCCCCGACGACGAAAGGUGGCCCGAACACUUCCGGGGUAUGGCAAUCCGCAUUGAGGACAGCGUCUGUGUGCAGCCGCAGAGCCCCCUCAUUCUCACGACCGAGGCAGUCAAGGAGGUUAUUGACAUCGAAUCCCUCGAGCGGAGAGGAGUUGAUUAA